AUGAAGUUGACUUUCAAGGAUUUGAAGCAGCAGAAAUUCGUCCUCGAGGCUGAGCCUACUGAGCUUGUCUCUGACGUGAAGGAGAAGAUUUUCAAGGAGAAGGGAUGGGAAGCGUCGCAACAAAAGUUGAUCUAUUCUGGCAAAAUCUUACAAGAUGCGAAUACGCUAGAAUCCUAUCACAUCGAGGAGAAGGGAUUCAUCGUUUGCAUGAUUACAAAGCCCAAGGCUGCACCAGCUGCGUCCUCUGCGUCCUCUGCGCCUAAAGCUCCAUCAACCCCUGCUCCAGCAUCGGCUGCUACACCCGCUCCACCUGCUGCGCCUGCACAUUCGUCGAGUACCCCAAACACCGCUGUCCCAGCAACACCUUCUCCUGCUGGUGCCUCGAUCCCACCUGCUCAAGCCACACCAUCAAAUGAGACUACCGGUCUUGCUAUGGGAGCUGAGCGUUCAGCACAAAUCGCUGAGAUGGAAAGCAUGGGUUUCGAGAGAUCACAGAUUGAAGCAGCCAUGCGUGCUGCCUUUUACAACUCGGAACGUGCUAUUGAAUAUUUGUUGAAUGGUAUUCCAGAAAACCUUUUACAAGAACAACGACAAGCUACACCAGCUGCACCCGCCGCUGGUCAAGCCUCAUCUCCUCCCGCUGCCGGUGGCGAAGAUGACCCAGUGGACCUUUUUCAAGCAGCUGCCGCAAAUGCUGGCAAUCGGGGUGGUGCUGCUCGUGGACGAGCUGGUGCUGGGGCCGAUCUUUUGGGAGGUGCUGGAGCUGGAGCUGGAGCUGCGGCUGGUGGACUCGGUAACCUCGAUUUCCUCCGAAAUAAUCCUCAAUUCCAACAACUUCGACAAGUCGUUCAGCAACAACCUCAGAUGCUCGAGCCCAUCCUCCAGCAAGUUGGGGCUGGUAACCCACAAUUGGCCACUUUGAUCAGUCAGCAUCCAGAGCAAUUUUUACAACUUUUGAGCGAGAAUGCCGAUGACGAUGCGCCACUACCACCAGGAGCUCAGGCUAUCGAGGUGACACCAGAUGAGCGUGAUGCUAUUGAGAGAUUAUGUCGUCUCGGCUUCAAUAGAGAGCAAGCGAUCCAAGCCUACUUUGCCUGCGACAAGAAUGAAGAAUUGGCUGCCAACUUCCUUUUCGAGCAACCCGAGGAUGAGGAAUAG